UUUCAAAGGAGUACCUGAGCUGCUGUUUAGACCCACCUCUAUCAGCUCUGACUCAGUGUGUGUGUGUGUGUGAUCGGGGAUAUCUUCCGUUUUUUUUUUUUCACCCACUCUCCCGUUAUUUGAAGGUGCAGCGGACUCCGCUCUGACUUUACCUGCCUCACCUGAGCAGACUCACCUGUCCGGACAUCUUUCUUUCUUUCUUUCUUUCUUCCCGCUUCAAAACCGAAAGGCUGACUUUCAGAGAAAGGAAAGUGCUGAAUAUAUUAGAAGAUAAAAAGCUUUCGGAACAAGAAGAAAGGGCGCAAGGAAGAACGAAGAAGAAGAAAAAGCGGAUCGACCCAUUUUCCCGCUGGCUUCCUGCUUUUAAACGCUUACCUGGUCUGACGCCGCUUCUUUUCUAAAACCUCACUACGCGAAAUAAAAAAAUAAAAAAGAAAAAAAGAAAGAAGGAAAUAUUAAAAUAAGGACUGGUUGGUUUUGACCGAGCAUGCCGCGGGCCUUUCUGGUGAAAAAGGCGAACGUUUCGCCGGGAAAGCGGAACUGGAGCGAGCUCCCCGAUCAUGAAAGAGGCGACGUCUACAUCCCAGUCUCCAUCUUUCCGCCAUCGGUCCUGAUGACGGAAGUGGAGGCCAGCCCUGCGGAGACGGUGCCGCUCUGCCUCACCAAACGCUCUCAGUCGGACAGCCUCGCCGAGCUGCCCGGAAGUGGAGGCCAGCCCUGCGGAGACGGUGCCGCUCUGCCUCACCAAACGCUCUCAGUCGGACAGCCUCGCCGAGCUGCCGUCCAGCACAGUGCUCGGACAGCCGCGGGAUUCCACCGGGCCGCUGGAGGGGAAGUCGGACAUCAGACGGAGCAUACAAGGCGGGUCGUUGUAUGUCCGGUCCAAAAUCAAGGUAACUACAGGCGAGUUGCCUGCUGAUCUCUCUCAUCUUCCUCAAGCUCAUCCCCCCAUUUCCAACCCACAACCUUUACCUCCACAAGCCACUGUGAUGCCAGCGGCCCCCAAGCAAUCCCCUGCCCCAUCGGAGGCGCCGUCUCCGGUGAACCGGUCAACGGGUCAGAGCCCAAACACUCCCCCAACACCGGCGGGAGCGUUUGUCUGCCAGGUUUGCCAGAAGACUUUCCAGUACCAGCGCAUGUUGAACAGACACAUCAAGUGCCACAGCGAGACCAAGAGACACUUGUGCAACUUCUGCGGCAAAGGCUUCAACGACACCUUCGACCUGAAGAGACACGUCCGCACGCACACAGGCGUCCGUCCGUACAAGUGCACGCUGUGCGACAAGGCCUUCACGCAGCGCUGCUCGCUGGAGUCCCACAUGAAGAAGAUCCACAGCGUCACCCUGAAGUACGCCUACAAGGAGCGGCGCAACAAGCUGUACGUCUGCGAGGAGUGCGGCCACACGGCGGCCACGCAGGACGAGCUGCUCCUCCACCUCCAGUCGCUGCACCCCGACAGCGCCCUGCUGAAGGGGAAGGCGGCGAGGAGGGCGGGGGGUCUGGGCGCAGCGGCCGGCGGCUCCGUCGGAGGAUCCGCUCCCAGUUCUCCGCGGGAGGCCGACAGCGACGACACUAACGGAUCGGCGGGGCAGUAGACCGCCGGCACGAACUGGGACGGGGCGGAUGAAGGAGGCGUGGCUUGACUCAAGGACAUGUCAAGGAGUGUAUUGUUUAUAUAUUUAUAAAAAAAAAAAAAAA